AACAAUUGGAUAAAGUAUAAUAUUUCCUAAGUAAGCGAUCGAGAAAAAUAUUAUAUUGACGUGAUACUUUUUAAUAUUUUUUUCUACUUAAUCAUAACAAAAAAGUUCAUAUAACUAUAAAAGAAUGCGAUAAGAGAUUCUGCACAAUAGCACUUAUGAUUUCCGUAAUACAUAGACUAUAUAUUGACGAUAUCAAGUGGUGUUGUGAUAUCAUGAGUAUUAUCAGAAGUACAACAGAUAGGUCUAAAUGGUCAGUCGAUUUUAUUCAGACAACAAGGCUUUACCUUGUCUCGAGUUUCGCUUCGACAAUGUCAUCUAAAUCUUACUACUGAACUCAUAAAGUUAUAAUUUAAAAGUGCUGGUAUUAAUAAAAAAAAAGUAUCAACUAUCUCUUGCGACUUGUGAAUUAUUGUGUAGUUUGAAUAUCAAUAUUGACAUGUGUUAUUCUUUGAGGAAUCUCAAUUCAAUGAUUUAAGUUAUUGAUUGAUAAUUGUGAUAAUAAUUAACUAAGAAUUUAAAAGUCAAUUGAUUGUCUUUGUUUCCUUUACUUAAAAGUUAUCGCUCGGAAUGCAACAGAUACUUGGCCAUACGGGAGAAAGUUAAACAUGUAAUGAACGUGAUGCCGAAACAUGAGUGAACAUACAUUAUUAUUGCGUUCACCUAUCAAUCGUCCUUCGCCUGUGCAACUGGCAAAUACUUAUUCUCACUUUCCUCGACAUUUAUAUCCCUCAGUUUUGACAAGUACUCAUUUUACAUAAAUCAUCAAUUCGAAGACUUUAAAAAGUUUCAACAAAUAAAUUUAAUCCACUUGACAUUAGAAAAUAAAAAAAAAAUAAAAUAAAAUAACUAUAAUCAUUAGUUAAAUAAAAUUCACCUAAAUUUUGUCUAAAAUAUGAGAUUAUUUCCGUGCCUGUAAUAUUAUAACUACAAGCGAGUAACUUCCGGUCUUGCGUUAAGUGGCCUAUUUUCAUUAUCUCAACAGUAUUCUAAGCUUGAAUUGUGGAAUAGCGUUUUUACCAGCAUAAGUGCUAGUAUAUGAUAAUAAAAGUGAGUGAAUAAUGUAAUGUGAUAUAAAAAAUAUAUAAGUGGUUUAUGAAAUGGGGAAAAAUAAAAAAAAUUUAUUAUUUAUAAAACAAUUUACAAUAAAAGGAAGAUAACGAUGAAUUAUUACAUACUAAAAAUAACAAUAACUUAAAAAAGUAACGAGAAGAUUACGAAGAAUAUUGGAAGAUAUGGAUGUAGAAUUAGUUACCAGAACAUCACUUAGUUCCCUCAACAAAAUAGACGAUGGAAGAAUUGUAUCACCAAAUAGUCUUGAUGAAUGGACAUGGUCUAGUCUCAGGAAGCAGUUUCAGUAUAAAAACCUUGAGAAAUUAUACUCAAUUUAUCAAAGAAGAUUACAAAAUGGUUAUUUGUCACUUUUCGGUUUGGUCCAACUGGUACUUGGAAUUGCUCAUUGUACUUUUUUAAUAAUGAUGGUGGGGCUGAAGGAGUCCUUGCCUGACGUAAUGACGUGGAGUGUAAUGGGAGCAUUUUUAUGUCCAGUGAUAGCAUUGUCCUUUAGAUCAAAACUUAUCACCCGAGAAAGUUAUCUUCCUGUUGUAUUAUCUUGUGUUAUCGUUGUGGUUCUUAUUCUCGCCGACUUGGCAAUACCUUUCUGGUACACAUUCACUUACAGUGAGGCCAUUCCAGCAAUAAGACCCGCAUAUUCUACACACGUGUUAUUGGCCUGCUACGUAUUUCUACCACUGACAGAAAAUCUUCAUGCAUUCAUUCUUGGAGUUACAGCGACCUUGUGCUAUCUAACAAGCCUGUCAUUAAUAACUUAUCGAAAUGAACGGGAUUAUACGGCAAAAAUUAUUACUGAUACUAUUUAUUACGCAUGUGUCAAUGGUCUUGGACUUUACUUUAGAUUUAUGAAUGAAAUCGUCAUUAGAAAAUCGUUUUUAGAUCGAAGAAAAUGCGUUGAAUCUACAUUGAGAUUAAACUAUGAAAAAGAUCAAGAAGAACAGCUUACCAGAAGUAUUCUACCCCAACAUUUUGCAGCGAAAAUCAAGAAAGAUUUUCGAGACAUUUUUAAAUUUAUUGAAGAACAUAAGAAACCGCCGCCUAAAGGCCAUCGACGCAAUGAUUUAUAUGUAGAAACACACAACAACGUUAGUAUUUUAUAUGCUGACGUUGUAAAUUUUUCGGGUUUAACAGUAACUUUACCCGUUAAAAAACUCGUUGAAACUCUUAACGAUCUUUUUGGCAGUUUCGACGAAGCCUCGGAACGUCAUAAUGUGUUGAGAAUAAAAUUUCUUGGUGACUGUUAUUAUUGUGUAAGUGGAGUUCCCACGCCGAACGCUCAUCAUGCGAAAAGUUGUGUUGAUCUUGGUCUAGAUAUGAUUAAAAUAAUAAAAGAUGUCCGUGGGAGAGUACGAAGAGAGAGUGGAGUUGAUAUUAAUAUGAGAAUAGGUGUUCACUCUGGAAAAAUAAUAUCAGGAAUUUUAGGAGCUAACAAGUGGCAGUAUGAUGUGUGGUCUAAAGACGUCGUGAUAGCCAAUAAAAUGGAGCAAACAGGACAACCAGGAAAAGUACAUGUGACUCAACAGACAUUGAAUCUUCUUGAUGCUACGCAGUAUCACUGUGUUCCAGUUGAAAAUCUUACUGACGAAACUCUUAAAAAAUACGAUAUCAAAAGUUAUCUGAUCACCCCGGUUAUAAAGGAAUCGACAAUUCAGCAGAACAGCGAGAAAAUCUUUGCACUUCCAACGCCAAGUACACCACCGCCGCAGAAUAAACACUAUGUCCGGUGGUAUAGUGGAAGGUCGAGUACAAAUGUUGGAGCAUCACGAAGUUCAAGAAAAUUAACUUCGACUAUGAACAACCAUGCUGAUGUAUUUGCUGGAACAUUUAGACGGAGAACGCAUUUUAUGGAUUCGUGUUUGAAAGAUUAUCAUCUGAUGUUGAAAGCUGCAGAUGCAGAAAUGGAAAACGCAAUAAAACAGAUGCCUCUCAAUAAAUGGGAUAAUGAUGUUUCUAUCGAAAUAUUUAAUAGGCAAUGGUCCAAAUGGGAGUCAAUAAAUCCUAUCUUUCUCACAUUCUCACAUCUUAAUUGGGAAAUUCCAUUUCUUCGUGAACCUGAUCCAUUAUUUAAAUUUUUUGUGGGAUGCGCAGUAAUUGUAUUGCUACUUAUGGGAUUUAUGCUCUUGGUACCCGCAAUAAAGUUAUCUGAGUGGCAUCAAAAUACAACUCUUGGAUAUAUUCUCGUUAUGGUCUUUCUUAUUGCUCUUCUGCCGUUUACGUGGACCCAUUUUAUAUGGAAUCGAUGUCAAGAUCCUCAUGAUGAGCAAGAUGGACAUAUUCCUCAACCCAGAAAUAAAUUGAUCCAUUUUAUGUAUCAAUCAAGUAUUAAAGUUGUUUGGAGUGCUGUUCUAAGAACUGUUCUGUACCUUGUUAUUACAAUAAUGCUUGCAAUUUGUGCCAUGUUUGAUAUGCUGUUUGAAUGUAAAAAUGAUGAUCAGUCUACAGAAAAUAAUACAUCUAGUGUUACUAUAAAUUACGCUUCUGAAUCUGAAUGCACCCCUUCACCCUGGCACUUGUCCGAAACCUGUUCAUUGGCAAUUCUUACCAGUUUUCUUUUUCUACGAGUCCAUUUCUUUCUAAAACUUAUCAUUGGGUUUGGAAUUGUUGGUUUUUACACUUGGAAUAUAACAGAGUAUCGCUCAAGCAUUUUCCAAACUGGUGAAACUUGGCAUCCAUAUUUAGAACCCAGAUACGCACAUAUUCUUAAUGUAGCAUUUCUUACUUUUUCUCUCCAUCUUAUAGAUCGUCAGGCUGAAUAUUUAAGCCGUUUAGACUACCAAUGGAAACGUCAAUUAACUCAAGAACAAGACGAAGCUUUUCAUACAAGAAAUGCUAAUAAAUUAUUGCUUCGUAAUAUUUUACCUGAACAUGUUGCAGAUUUUUAUCUAAACAUGAACAGAUCUGAAGAAAAUGAAUUAUAUCACGAGUCGCACGAUUUAGUUGCCGUUAUGUUUGCGUCCUUGACAAAUUUAUCAAUUGACGAGAGUAAUAUUCUGAUAGAUCUCAAUGAAAUAAUCUGUGAAUUUGAUAAAUUAUUAUUUGAGCCUGGGUUCAUAUGUCGUAUAGAGAAAAUAAAAAUUGCCGGCACAACGUACAUGGCAGCAUGUGGUUUAGAAGCCCAAAGACGUGAUUCAAUGGAAAGUAAUAAUGAAUACGGUGACACUUAUGUAGUUAAAGUGAUGGCGGAAUUUGCCGUGAGAAUGUUAGAAAUUUUAGAUCGACUUAAUUCUAAUACGUUCUCCAAAAGUACAAAACCUUAUAAAUUACGUAUUGGAAUAUCACACGGAGAAGUUACUGCUGGUGUAGUUGGAGCACAAAAACCACUGUAUGAUAUUUGGGGCGAUGCUGUUAACAUGGCAUCGCGAAUGGACACUACAGGUGUUCCUGGUAAAAUUCAAGUCACCACGGAAACAAAAAAUGUUCUUGAACAAAAUGGAAUAAAGUGUUACUUGCGUGGUGAAACCUGGGUCAAACCCAAAGGACUUGUCACAACAUAUUUUGUUGGUGUUGAUAAAAAUAAGCGACUCAUAAAUACAGAUAUUCUAGAGGAAACGAAUCUCUGAUCUUUGAUAAAUAAAUUAUUUUAUUUUUGAAAUAUUUUUGUUAUUAAUUCAUUUUUUAUAACUUUAAUAAUAAUUGGAAUCCCGGAAAAAGAAAAAUAUUAAUAAUUUUCAGUUAAGGAAGUUCGACCGAAACUAGUAAGUCAAAGUAGUGUUUGAAUUUUUUCGUUUGCUUAAUUCUCCUAAUAGUUAUAAAAAUUCAUUAUUUUAAUUUAUCAUAACAUAACGAAUUCAUAAAUUAAUAUUUAUUACUUAUUUAAUUAAAGAAAGUAAUGAAAUUACUUGGUUAUUUUUGACAUAUGAUUUAAUAAAAAUAUUUGGCAACAGCGCGUUCUAACUUCUUACACAUCGAUAUUUAAAUUAAAGCGGGAAAAAUUUAUUUUUAAUCUCGUCUCUCUUAUUAAUGUAUUUCUAUCUUUGUUUUUUCUCUCAGCUGCUUCCGCGACGUUGCCAAACCCUCAAUAAUAUGAAUCUCUGUCGAUGAACGAGAUUAAAUAAUAAAGUUUAACUUGAAUUAUUUAAAUAAUUACAACGGUAACACAAUAUUGUUAAAAUCUUAUCAUAUUCUAAAAAUAUUCAAGUUUGAGGCGUGUGGUUUUUUAUUUCUUAAACUUAGGAGGUUGAUAAUGAAAAAAAUCUAAUAAGUCAUGACGGAAGCUUGCCCGCCAUAAGAGUCUGUGUAUAAGAACUUAAAAAACGUCAUUUUUAAAUCAUUUUUUCUAAAAAACUAGACGGUGGAUCAUAUUCAAAUUUUAAAAAUACAUAGAUAGAGUACUUCUUUACAUGUUUACUAAGUUUGGAAUCUUAAAGUUGGAAAAUCCUUUUUACAUUAGAUUCGGUCGAACCUCCUUAACCGAAGAAUAGAAAAUUAUAUUUUUUAGAGUAUGCUAAUUUUUAGAGAUUUCAUAAGUGUAUAGUAUAAUAAUUUAAUUAAUACUUUUAAAUUAGACUUGACAAUAUUAUUUAAGCAAACCAAAAUAGUGUACGCACCUUAGCCAGUAAAAAAGAAAGCCUCAGACCACAUGUUUGUCAGCCUCGGCCAACAAUUACAUGUGAUCUGAGACAUUUUUUAUUUUACUGGCCUAGGUAUGUAAUAUACUAGUGAAAUUUAACAUUUUUUUGUGUCGCUACUGACAUUUAAAAAGUCAAAUUCACUUCUCGUAUUACCCGAAUUUCGUGUUGAAAUUUUAACACAAAUUUAGUGUUGAAAUUCAACACAAAUAGUAUAUGUUAAAAAAUAAGACAAAUAUUGUGUUCACCUUUUCUACACACAGAUUAUGUUGAUUUUUACAUAAUAUUUCAUUCCCGACUAGAAUUUUUCAUAAGGACCUGACGAGGUCCUUAUCAGGUUAACCUUAUUUCAAAUAAGGUCCAGAUCAGGAUAUCCUGACGAGGAUCCUGAUAUGGAUGUAACGCUUAAGACCCAUAAGCUCUUUAUCAGGAUUGCCUUAUUAGAACCUUACCAGGAUAUUCUCAUCAAAUCCUUAUCAUAUCAGGGUUGUCUUAUUAGUAAUUAUUUUUGAAAAAAUAUUAAAUUGCGAAAAAAAAUAAGAGAAUUUUAAUUCGAUCAGGAAUGUUAUCUAUUGUAUCAAGAGCGUUAAUUAGAGGAAAUAAAUAUAUUUUUUAUUGAUGAACAAA